AUGACGAUCGAAGAAGCGCCUCGGCAGCCGAACUAUGAUGGCAGCAUUCCUCAACCUGAAGCGUCCGUCCAACAACCAGCAGACCUCAACCCCGCCACAUUGGCUCUUUCCAUCCCAGACACUGUGUCAAACAUAGGCGCCAAAAGAGCCAAUACAGCAUCGACUCUGCCAAGGGCACUUGCCGCACACACUAAGGUUGCCAUUCCUCGUCAACGGGUCGCGCCUGCCCCGCGCUAUAAUCGGAGAGUGCCUCGCGCCUGUUCAUCCUGCAGACAGCGCAAGACGAAAUGCAGUGGUGACACCCCGGUCUGUCGCCAGUGUCGUGAGCUGAGGGCUACGUGCAGCUACCCUGAGGGUUGGAGGGAGAGAACGAAAAAAGAAGUUGAAAAUCUCUCGGAGAGAGUGAACGAAUAUGAAAAUCUGCUGAAGGACUUGGCGAAUGUUGUUAACUUGAGUGCCGCGGAGCGGAUCAGGAGCUUGCUGGACAAGCAUGGUCCGGAAGUGGAUUAUUCGUCGCAUAACUCCCAAUCACAAUCAGCAACCCCUCAGGAUGACCUUCCGAUAAACGAUGAACCAUCCUCGCCUUCAUCUAUUGGGUCUCUCGAGGCCAUUGAUCGAGUAGAAGAGGACAUCAAUCGAUCAGAACAUGCUAGAGCAACUGGUUAUAUGGGGAAAAACUCGGAAAUUACCUGGAUGCAACGGCUGCAGAGAGAGGCAGACCAACGUUCUAAAGGUCUUCCGGGGAGUUUGGAGCCUGGCCAAGAUUUAAAGACCGACGAUGCAUUAGCUAUGCAUGCGGUCAAUUAUCAUCUCGAUGACUUGGAUAUUUCCGUCCCCGGACCGGUACAACUGUAUGCCAUGCCUCCUCGAGAGGUGGCGGAUCAUAUGUUUGAGGCUUAUUUGACUACUGUGCAUCCAUUCUUCCCCAUCAUCAACAAACCUCUUUUCUCGGCACAGUAUCGGACAUUCUUUGACAGCACCGCUCGACCCGGUGACAAGUGGCUUGCUAUAUUGAACAUGAUAUUCGCAAUUGGGGCUAAACAUGGCCAUCUCAUUGACGCACCAUGGAGCGUGGACGAGAAGGACCACUUGGUAUAUCUGACCAGAGCCAGGAUUCUUAGUAUGAACGGCGAUGUCCUGUUCAGUCAUCCCGAUCUCCAGCAAGUCCAGGUGGAGGCCUUGAUUGCCUUCUACCUUCUCGCUUCUGAUCAAAUUAACCGGGCGUGGAGAAUCUCGGCUUUGGCAGUGCGGUCUGCAAUCACACUUGGAAUCAACAUGAAAAGCAGCAGUCCAACCACACCCGAUCUUUCGAAAGAAGCCCGUUACCGAGUCUGGUGGUGUCUGUAUACAUUUGAGCACAUGCUCGGAGUAAUGACUGGUCGGGCGACUAGUAUCCAGGAUGGAGGGUGCACCGCGCCAUUCCCGAUUCCAUUUGAAGAAGAACAGCUACAUGAGCCUGGUGCCAUCGAAGUACUCACAGGCACGACCCUACGAGAUGAACGAAUCAACAACGUCAUGGCAAGUGCACGUAUCAGACAAAUGCCGCUCCACCCAAUAAAUGGCAAGGAUGCCGCUCAGCACUCUGGAGUACGAGACAUCAAAUGGAUCAAGAGCCUGCCUGUCAACUACGGGCUCUGUUAUCUCUACUAUUGCGACUUGACAGUUGUCGUGCAAGAAAUCAUCAACAAAGUCUAUUCAGUGGACUGCGUGAUGGUGCCAUGGGCACAAAUCGAGGCUCGGAUUGGCGAACUCAAGUCCCGAACCGAGGUAUGGGAAUCAAACCUUCCAACCGGGCUUGACUUCAAAUCCAAGGAAGAUAAUGGACCGGAUAUCCUUCGCUGCAAGCUGAACCUGGCGCUGCAUUACUACAGUGCGCGGAUCACGCUAGGCCGUCCCUGUCUCUGCCGACGUGACGCGCGCCAAAAGAACAAUAAGCCCUCCUUCAGUCACGAAAUGGCAGUGUUAACCUUGAAGUCUGCGCGACACAUGCUGGAUCUGAUCCCAGAUGAGCCAGACGCUCUCCAGCUGUACCGCAUUGCUCCAUGGUGGUGUAUCCUUCACUAUCUCAUGCAAGCGGCGACCGUUCUCCUCCUCGAGCUAUCCUUCGGCACCGUCCACAUGCCAGAAGAAGAACAGAACUUCGUCAUCCAGUCUAAGAAAGCAAUCCGCUGGCUCUUCGCAAUGUCCGAGCAGAGCAUUGCCUCCCGACGCGCCUGGCAGCUCUGCGACCUCAGCCUCCGCAAACUCGCCCAGGCCUAUAAGCACUAUCAGCUCGGAACCGCCGUCUGGCCUAUCUCAUGCCGCCGGCGACUACUGGGGCCCGCAGCUGGAAAACCCCCGCUGCCUAUCCCGGAGGCACCGCCCGGUAUAGACCACCACACCCAUCCGGACAUCUCAACCGCAGACCUGGCCGAAGCCUUGACCCCCAAUACCCUGGACUCGUACUUCCCUUAUGAUCCUAUCUCCGGGGAGUUUAUGCGUUCUUUCUUUCCUCAUUCCAAUGAGAAUGAGAACUGGGAAUAUUGA